AUGGCUAAAGUCAAGACGAGAAGACACCUUCGGGAAAAGUCGAGUUCAUCUGACGAUGAACAAAGCCCGCGCCGUCGCCGCAAGGAAACAAGGCCAAAGACUGGAAAGCGAAGCAACAAAGCAGUCGUACUGACGCCGGAGUUCGAUAAGCUUUUGGAACCUCGUCCUCAGCCCGUGUCUGUCUCGCAGCAGACGCAACAGGAGAAAAUGGAGCGGAUGAUUAAGUUGACGAUUGAACAAGCAGAGGGAUUGUUGGAUCAAGAAUCUCAAUCGCAGCGUCCGCCCACUCAGCAAAACUCCCUACAAUCAAACGAUUCUCAAGCGUUCGAAUGGGAUCCAGCGACGCUGCAAGGAGACCUGCGCCAAAAGUUCACCAAACUCUUCCUCGAUACUCAACGGAAGCCCGGCAAU